UUUUUCAGACUGGUGAAAAAUGGCUACCGACAUUGUUGGAUCCAUUGUAUCUAAGAUAGCAGAACUCUUGGUGGAACCAGCGAUAAGGCAGUUCCGUUACAUGUUCUGUUUCAACAAUUUUGUUCAAGAAUUCGAUGAACAAAUGAUGAACCUGGCUUUGGCAUUUUAUCGUCUGCAAGAUGCUGUCAACGUUGCUGAAAGGAAUGCUGAAGAUAUUGAGAUUGAUGUCAACACAUGGCUGGAAAAUGCAAAAAACGAAAUUGAAGGUGUGAAUUGUUUGCAAAAUGAAAAAGGAAAAAUCAUCAAAUGCUUUACUUGGUGUCCAAAUUCGAUGCGACAAUUCAAGUUAAGCAAGGCACUGGCAAAGAAGACGGAGACUUUGAGAAAACUUGAAGAAAAUAGCAGAAAGUUUCGAAAAGUGUCCCACAAAGCACCUCUUCAAGAGAUAAAAUUUCUUCCAUCAAAGGAAUUCACACUCUCAGGAUCGUCAAAAGAAGCUUUCAAACAGAUUAUGAAAGCUCUCAAAGAUGACAAGGUCAAUAUGAUCGGACUGUACGGCAUGGGAGGGGUGGGUAAAACCACCCUGGUGAAUGAAGUGCGCAGGAGAGCCAAAGAGUUGCAGUUGUUUGAUGAAGUUUUGAUGGCUACACUGUCCCAGAAUCCAAAUGUCACAGGCAUCCAGGAUCAAAUGGCAGAUCGUUUAGGUCUGAAAUUUAAAGAAAAUAGUAAAGAAGGGAGAGCAGGUCGGUUAUGGCAGAGACUGCAGGGAAAGAAGAUGCUUAUAGUCCUGGAUGAUGUUUGGAAAGUUAUUGACUUCCAAGAGAUAGGGAUCCCAUUUGGUGAUGAUCACAGGGGUUGUAAAAUUCUUCUAACAACACGUCUUGAAGACAUGUGUUCUUAUAUGAAGUGCAAGGAAAAAGUUCUUUUAGGUCUCUUUUCUGAAGAGGAAGCAUGGGCUUUAUUCAAAAUCAAUGCAGAUUUACGUGACGAGGACUCUACCUUGAACACGGUGGCAAAGAAGGUUGCGAGAGAAUGUAAUGGAUUGCCUGUAGCACUUGUGACAGUGGGAAGGGCUCUAAGAGAUAAAUCUGUUGUUGAGUGGGAAGUAGCGUCUGAAGAGCUCAAAAACUCUCAAUUUCGGCAUUUGGAACAAAUUGACGGACAAAAAAAUGCAUAUGCAUGUCUUAAGUUGAGCUAUGAUUAUUUGACGUUCGAUGAAACCAAGUCAUGUUUCUUGCUAUGCUGUUUGUUUCCAGAAGAUUACAACAUUCCAAUUGAGGACUUGACGAGAUACGCAGUUGGCUAUGGGUUACAUAAAGAUGGGGAGUCCAUUGAAAAUGCAAGGAAACGAGUUUAUGUGGCAAUCAAAAACCUCAAAGCUUGUUGUAUGCUGUUAGGAACUGAAAGUGAAGAAUAUGUAAAAAUGCAUGACUUGGUUCGUGAUGUUGCUAUUCGGAUAGCAUCAUCAGAAAAAUACGGAUUCAUGGUAAAGGCUGGCAUUGGGUUGCUGGAGUGGCCAACGAGCAAUAAAAGCUUUGAAGGCUGUACAACAAUCUCGUUAAUGGAGAAUGAACUAGCAGAACUUCCUGAAGGAUUGGUGUGUCCACAGCUCAAAGUUCUAUUGUUAGGACUGGAUCGUGGUUUGAAUGUUCCAGAGAGGUUUUUUGAAGGGAUGAAAGCAAUUGAAGUUUUGUCUCUACAGGGAGGGUGUUUGUCAUUGCAAUCACUUCAAUUCUCAACGAACCUUCAGUCGUUGCUGUUGAGAUGGUGUGAAUGCAAGGACCUCAUUUGGUUGAGAAAGCUGCAAAGACUUAAGAUUCUUGGUUUCAUUGCGUGCCGCUCCGUUGAAGAAUUACCUGAUGAAAUUGGGGAGUUCAAGGAGUUAAGGUUGUUGGAUUUGACAGGUUGUCGAUUCCUAAGAAGGAUUCCUGUGAAUUUGAUAGGAAGGUUGAAGAAGUUAGAAGAACUGCUGAUCGGGGAUUUCAGCUUCAACGGAUGGGAUGUUGUUGGAUGUGACAGCACAGAAGGAAUGAAUGCAAGCCUAACAGAACUAAGUUCGCUGUCUCAUUUAGCUGUAUUAUCAUUGAAGAUACCGAAGGUUGAAUGCAUUCCCAGAGAUUUUGUUUUUCCCAGGUUGCUCAAAUAUGAUAUAGUGUUAGGGGAUGGGUAUUCAAUAACAGAAUACCCAACCUCGACAAGAUUAUUUUUGGGUGAAAUCAGCGCCACAUCCUUAAAUGCAAAGACAUUUGAGCAGUUGUUUCCUACUGUGUCUCAAAUUAGUUUUCGUAGAGUGGAGGGUUUAAAAAAUAUAGUAUUGUCCUCUGAUCAGAUGACCACCCAUGGCCAUGGGUCGCAAAAGGACUUCUUACAAAGAUUAGAACAUGUCCAAGUGGGUGAAUGUGGGGAUAUUCGCACUCUGUUUCCAGCAAAAUGGCAGCAAGCUUUGAAAAAACUAAGGAGCGUGGAAAUUUAUGACUGCGAAUCAUUGGAAGAGGUAUUUGAAUUGGGUGAGGCUGAUGAAGGAAUUAACGAGGAGAAGGAACUGUCAUUUUUAACGGAGUUACAGCUGUCCUCGUUACCUGAGCUCAAUUGUAUAUGGAAGGGGCCCACCAGACAUGUCAGCCUCCACAGUCUUACUCGUCUGAAUUUGCAGGAUCUUGACAAGCUGACAUUUAUCUUCCCACCGUCCCUCGCUCAGAGUCUUAUUCAUCUGGAAACACUACAGAUAAAAUAUUGCGGUGGAUUGAAGCGUCUUAUCAGAGAAGAGGAUGGUGAAAGGGAAAUAAUUCCAGAGUGUCUUGGCUUCCCAAAAUUAAAAACUCUCUCUAUAAGUCGCUGUGAUGAACUGGAAUAUGUCUUCCCUGUCUCCGUGUCUCCAAGUCUUCAGAACCUGGAAGAGAUGGAGAUUCGUGAAGCUAACAAUUUAAAGCAAGUAUUUUACAGUGGAGAAGGAGAUGACAUCAUCGUCAAGUCUAAAAUUAAAGAUGGCAUCAUCAACUUCCCUCAGCUAAGAAAAUUGUAUCUUUUUUCCGUAUCAAGUUGCAGCUUUUUUGGUCCAAAGGAUUUUGCUGCCCAAUUGCCUUCUUUGCAAGAGUUAACCAUUGAAGGCCACGAAGAAGGGGGUAAUUUGUUGGCACAGCUUCGAGUACGUCCUUUAUAUUUCUCCAUUUUUUUUUUCUUUUCUAAUUAAAAUUUUCAACUUCAAUACAUUGUGAUAAUUUGUUCUAUCUUCUCAAAUUUCUAAAACUAAACUAAACUAAAUUUCCACUGAAUUUAAUUGAUGAUUUAAAUUGGCUUAGGAAGUUAGACAUCAAUUACUAUAAUGUAAUUUCUUAUUUCUUCCUUCAUAUUUCUAAAACUAAAGUAAUGCAUAAAUGCUAGCAAAUCCUUUAGCCAUCCACUAAAUUUGAAAGGAGUGAAAUUGAGGCUUCGUAUUUGGUUUAUUUUUUCUAAACAAUUAGAGUUAAAAAGUA